UGAUGCUGUGGCUGCCUGCAGCAGGAGAAAGGGAUACAGGCACUGCAAGCAGCAUCCCAGGCUAACACUGACAGGGGGGGACCCACCAGCCCAGCUGAGAGCCCACCUGCUCUGCUGCUGAGGGGUGACCAUCCAGGGCAGCCCUCCUUUCUAUUUGCAAGCUGCCCUUGCCUGCCAUUGGGAAAUUUACCUCCUCCAUCUCUUCACUGCUUCUUCCCCAAAUAAGCCUCCUGCCAGGAGAGAACUGAGAGCCCACCGCCCCAGCCAGCAUGACCACCGAGGCAAACGAAUGCAGCAUCAAGGUGCUCUGCAGGUUCCGGCCUUUGAAUCAGUCAGAGAUCAUACGUGGAGAUAAAUUCAUCCCGGUUUUCCAGGGGGAUGACGGCGUCAUCAUUGGGGGCAAGCCAUAUGUCUUUGACCGCGUCUUCCCACCCAACACCACCCAGGAGCAGGUUUACCAUGCCUGUGCCAUGCAGAUUGUCAAAGACGUACUGGCUGGGUACAAUGGCACCAUUUGCUCAUGGGCAGACCGGAAAGACUCUUCACACACCAUGGAGGGCAAACUGCAUGACCCUCAGCUCAUGGGUAUCAUCCCACGCAUUGCCCGGGAUAUCUUCAACCAUAUCUACUCCAUGGAUGAGAACCUGGAGUUCCACAUUAAGGUUUCCUACUUUGAAAUCUACCUGGACAAAAUCCGUGAUCUGUUAGAUGUGACCAAGACCAAUCUUUCAGUUCAUGAGGACAAGAACCGUGUUCCAUUUGUGAAGGGUUGCACUCCGGCCGCUUUUGUGUCCAGCCCUGAAGAAAACUUGGAUGUCAUCGAUGAGGGAAAUCCAACCGCCACGCGGCUGUCAGCUGCAAACAUGAAUGAGCACAGCUCCCAAGAGCUUUCAUAGUAUCUCCUCAAUAUCAAGCAGGAAAACAUGGAGACUGAACAGAAACUUAGCGGGAAGCUUUAUCUGGUAGACCUGGCUGGCAGUGAGAAGGUGCUGAAAGUCAGCGCGGAGCUGAGGGUUCGGUAUGAUGAGGCUAAGAAUAUUAACAAGUCCCUCGCCCUUGGUAAUGUCAUCCCCGCUUUGGCUGGAGGGCACGAAGAGUUACGCGUCUCUACAGGACAGCAAAUGACCCGUAUCCUGCACGACUCCCUCGGUGGAAACUGCCGUACGACCAUGUUCAUCUGCUGCACACCCCCUAGCUACAAUGAUGCUGAGACCACCUAUUUCCCUCAUGUUUUGGAUUACAGCCAGAGGCUAAGACACAUUAAGAAUACAGCAUCUGUGAAUCCUUAGAGUUGACAGCUGAGCAUGCGGAAGAAGAAGUUUGAGAAAGAGAAGGAGAAGAAUAAGACCCUUAAAGGAGCACAAUUGCCAAACUGGAAGAGCUGAGAGAACGUCCCAGAGACGGAGCAGCUGAGCGACGAGGAGAAAGUGGUGCCUGACAUCUGUGACGAGACGCCCAUCAACGACAACAAUUCCUCCAUCGUCAUCCGGAUUUCGGAGGAAGAGCGGCACAAGUAUGAGGAAGAGAUCCGCAAACUCUACAAGCAGCUUGAUGACAAGGAUGAUGAAAUCAACCAGCAGAGCCAGCUGAUGGAGAAGCUCAAACAGCAGAUGCUGGAUCAGGAAGAGCUGCUCAUGUCAACUCGUGGGGACAAUGAGAAGGUGCAGAGAGAACUGAGCCACCUACAAUCUGAGAACGACUCGGCCAAGGAGGAAGUGAAGGAAGUAUUGCAAGCUCUGGAGGAGUUGGCUGUCAACUAUGACCAGAAAUCCCAAGAGGUGGAUGAAAAAAACCAGGAGAAUCAGCUGUUGGUGGAUGAACUGUCCCAGAAAAUGGCCAACCUGAUGUCCUUGGAGUCGGAGUUGCAACGGCUGCAGGAGUUCAGUGCGCACCAGCGCAAGCGCAUUGCUGAAGUAUUGAAUGGGCUCAUGAAGGAUCUAAGCGAGUUCAGUGUCAUCGUGGGUAAUGGUGAGAUCAAGCUGCCAGUGGAGAUCAGUGGUGCCAUUGAGGAAGAGUUCACUGUUGCCCGGCUCUACAUCAGCAAGAUAAAGUCGGAAGUGAAGUCUGUUGUGAAGCGCUGCCGGCAGCUGGAGGGGCUGCAGGUUGAGUGUCAUCGCAAGAUGGAGGUGACAGGCCGGGAACUCUCUUCUUGCCAGCUUCUCAUCUCUCAGCAUGAAGCAAAGAUCCGCUCACUCACUGAGUACAUGCAGAGCGUGGAGCUGAAGAAGCGGCAUCUGGAGGAAUCCUAUGAUGCCCUGAGUGAAGAGCUGACCAAGCUUCAGGCCCAAGAGACUGUGCAUGAAGUGGGCAAGGAGCAGGACCUGAUCCAGGAUACGGAUGAAGUCAAAAAGGCCCUGGAAGUGCAACUGGAGAGUCACCGCGAGGCCCACCACAAGCAGUUGGCACGGCUGCGAGAUGAGAUCAACCAGAAGCAGAAAAUCAUUGAUGAGCUCAAGGACUUGAACCAGAAGCUAGAGCUCGAGUUGGAGAAGCUUCGGGCCGACUACGAGAAACUCAAGAGCGAGGAGCUGGAGAAGUCGCAGAAGCUGCAGGAACUGACAUUUCUGUACGAGCGACAUGAGCAGUCCAAGCAGGACCUCAAAGGGCUGGAGGAGACUGUGGCCCGUGAACUCCAGACCCUCCACAACCUUCGCAAGCUGUUCGUUCAAGACGUCACGACUCGAGUUAAGAAAAGCGCGGAGUUGGAACCUGAGGAUAGCGGGGGGGCUCAUUCCCAGAAACAGAAGAUUUCCUUUCUUGAGAACAACCUGGAGCAACUUACAAAAGUUCACAAACAGCUGGUUCGCGACAAUGCAGAUUUGCGUUGUGAGCUUCCUAAACUGGAGAAACGUCUUCGGGCUACGGCUGAGAGAGUUAAGGCCCUGGAGGGUGCACUGAAAGAAGCAAAGGAAGGGGCUAUGAAAGACAAACGCCGCUACCAGCAGGAAGUGGACCGAAUCAAGGAGGCAGUGCGCUACAAGAACAGUGGGAAGCGCAACCACUCUGCACAAAUUGCCAAGCCGGUGCGGCCAGGACACUACCCAGCUUCAUCUCCCACCAACCCCUAUGGUGCCCGCAACCCCGAAUGCAUCAGCUACACCAACAGCCUCUUCCAGAACUAUCAGAAUGUCUACCUGCAGAAUGCUGGCAGCUCCGCACCUGACAGCUACUUCACCAAUCCCUCUUCCAGCAGUGGAAGCAGCAAUUCCAGUGCCCCCCUGACCUCCUACCAGAAGCUCAAUGUGGACAACGGAAAUGCCACAGACAUCAAUGACAACAGAAGUGACCUGCCCUGCAGCAUUGAAGCUGAGGAACAAGCCAAGCUCUUCCCGCUGCACCAGGAGACGGCAGCCAGCUAAUAACAACAGUGCCACCCACUGCCCACGGGGCCUCAACACACCAUCAGUUUCUAAUCGGGAUGGAAGCCUCAGCUCUGCAUGCCGCAGCCCUGGCUUCCCACGGCCUCAGCUACAAAACGGGCCCUGUUUGCGUGUCCUGCUUUCUCCGUGUCCUGUAUAUUUAUCCAGCUGCUGCUUCUCUCUUUCACUGUUUUCACUGUUAAUCACUUAACUAGGCAAUGUUAUAUUCACUUUCCCCCUUUGGAGAACCCCUCCCAUGCUCCCAAGUCAGGGAACCUGGAGCCCCCUUCUCUCCUGCCUCCGUCGCCUUAAGCAGGUACCACAAGGGCCGGUUGCCGUUGAAGCCAGAUGCAGAAAGUCCCUGUGGCGGGAAUAGGUUUCCUGAAGGGAUCCAAGGCCCCACCUUCAUUUUGCUGUAUUGACCCUAGCCUCGUAUCCAGCAACCCUUCCACGUCAACGGGAGCCUUACUGUGCCUUUAGAGAGCUGAGACCCUCCAUGUUACAAGUGAGAAAGAACAGUUGCUCCUCGGUGGUGUUUAAUCGCUGAUUGUGGUGUCGGUUA